UCUAAACGCAAUAAUUAUAUUUUAAUUUUUAUACAAUUUUGAUAUUACACACUAAAUGGAAGACUCUGCGACUGAUAAAAGACCUCAAUUUGGGAACAGGGUUCUAGAAAAUGCUGACGAUGUGUUCAAACAUAACGCGUGGGAUAAUGUUGAAUGGGACGAAGAGCAAGAAAAAGCAGCAAAAGAAAAGGUGGAACAAAACUCCCAAGUUACAUUUGCAGACAAUGUUUUGAAAGAUUUGGACGAGAAUGCGGAUAAGCAUUGGGAUGCGUUUUACAGUAUACAUCAAAACAGGUUUUUCAAAGACAGACAUUGGCUAUUCACUGAGUUUCCAGAACUUGCACCGGACAACACUUCCGCGCCAGAGAGAGUUUUUCCCAACAAUGAAACUCCAACCACAACUGCACCUAUCCAACCUGAUACCCCAAACCAAGUUCAAUCUAAACCAGACUCAAAUAACUCUAGUAAACGUUAUAUAUUUGAGAUAGGUUGUGGAGUCGGAAACACAAUUUUUCCUAUUCUACAAUAUAGUCAGGACCCGAACCUGUUUAUCUAUGGUUGUGAUUUUUCGUCAACAGCGAUUGAUAUAAUGAAAGAAAAUGAGCUGUAUGACACUAGAAGGUGUGAAGUGUUUGUUCUGGAUGCAACUGCAACUGCAUGGAAUGUACCAUUCAAUGAGAACUCCAUUGAUAUUAUUGUGCUUAUCUUUGUUCUGUCAGCAAUUGAGCCUGGAAAGAUGGCGUCAGUUGUUCAACAAAUACACAAGUAUCUAAAGCCUGGCGGACUAGUUGUUUUCCGCGACUACGGUCGCUACGACCUUGCCCAACUCCGGUUUAAGAAAGGCCGCUGCAUAUCUGACAACUUCUAUGCUCGAGGGGACAAAACUAAGGUCUACUUCUUCACGCAAGAAGAAAUAAAGAAUUUAUUUACAUCGGCCGGUUUCACAGAAGAACAGAAUUUGAUUGACAGGAGAUUGCAAGUUAAUAGAGGGAAGAUGUUGACUAUGUACAGAGUGUGGAUCCAGGCGAAAUAUAGAAAGCCUUUAUAGCAGU